CGCGCUCGUCAGCUUCAUACAGCAUGAUCAACAUGGCUACUACUAGGGAAGCUCAGCGUCUGUUCGCGGUGCUCUGCCUUUUCCUCACCACUCUCGUCCCCACCGUAGAGGCGUUUGACGGCGGCGACGCUGUGGCUCUUCUCCUGGGCAUGACCAUCACGGUGGUCGGGUUUUGUGCCUGCCUCGGCUGGUACGCGCGGAGACGAAACGGACAGUUUUGAGAAGUUUCGGCCCUCCAGGCCUGGACAUGAUGGUUUCUCGCCUCCUGAAAUGCGCCCUUAAGACCUUCUUUUCCCUGAACGCACGGGGCAGAGACUGUGUGGGGGGAGACCCUACUGUGGCUAAAUGGCUAAAAAGGCUAAAAGCUUAAGGCUGGAGGAGUUAGAAACAUUGGCUCCUGUGUGUCCGUGCGCCAUUCCCGGAGGACUGAUGCUAACAGCAGAGGAGAGAGACAGACAGUGUGCUGCUCCAGAGCAACACCAUUUCCUGGUCGACAUGUGACUGCGGCCUGAUGUGAUCAUGUCAUCGAAGCACAUGGAUUUACAGUCACUGGACUCAUUGGGCUUUCAUAUAGGGUGGCUGUCAUUUGACAUGUUAUUGAAAAUACUGUACUGUCCUUUCUGGCAUACAUACUGUGUAUCAUUCCACUUUUCCCUCUGAAAUCUGUCCCCUGACUUUAUUCUGUGUAUCUGCUUCUCAGUGCAUCAGACUGCCCCUUGCUUUUUGCACUUAAACGUGUGAUCUUUACAGUGUUAACUGUUCAAAGAUCAGUGGUUCGCUGCUGCCUUGUUUUCUUUCUUGAAUAAACUUUGCAAUAUGUUGGCCA